UUACAGUCAUAGCUGCUCUGAGUAAGCGAGCGGUUCUCUCUGUGUGUUCUGUUCAGGGUCCAGACUACGCUCUUCAGCGUGAAUUGCGUGAGACAAUUAAUUGUUCUUUGCCAUGUUACUAGUUUUGACGGACUAAAGUUUGAUGCUGUUUUAUUGUGUGUGACGUAUUAGUACUGCAGUUGAUGAAUCAUAAACUCACAGUUCAUCACGUAGAAUCAGCAUGAAGUACGCUGUGAUAUAAUUUCACUCUAAAACUCUUGUAAGAGCCUGAUCAUCACUGUAUCCGGACUGUGUAUUAAGAUGAGGUUCGAUUCUUCUUUUUAAAAUUUCAGUUUGAUUUUCUCUGAAUCUUUACACGUAAUAAAAAUCAAACAGUCCAAGUGAGGACCUUGCAAUUCGAAAUAAAAAGUUUGCCAGUGGAAACUUUGUAUAAAAGAAAUGUGCAUAUGAAUAGAAAGUUGAAUGUACUGUUGUGUUGGAAAUAAGACGUGAUUCAGUCGGAUAGGAGUGAAUGUGCCAACAAAUAUCGAGGGGCAACUGGUGGUAGCACUGAACUCCAGCAGUGGGGGCACUCACAGAGUAAAGAGCUCAGUAACGCAUGAACCAUUUCGGACGUAGGCUAUGUAGAGAGUGAAUGUGCAUCCAACGGUAGUCUCGUAAGAUUAAGUGUCCAUGUCGUGCGGAACAUAACCUGUUCGUGAAUAUUAUCUCGUUGUAUAGAACGUAGUUUGACUCAGUCAUAUUCAUCUUGUACGAGUAGAAACUGAAGUGACUGACAAUUGUGUUUAAAUCAUGACACUUUUUCCCUUAACUGUUCUUAUAAAUACGGUGUUUUUCCAAAAUCUUACUUAAUGAUACUAGCGUGAUCAAUUUUGAUUUGUGGUGAUUUAAUAGCGUGUGAUAACAGUCACACUGAUGUUGGAUGUCGCUGUAGAAGGUCAUGACAUUCCGGUAACAGUAUUCUUGUAAGUGAAGGUGUGAAUUCCAACAGGACACGGUGGAAAUUACCUGGCAAGGUGUUGCGAUGAAGUAAGGCGCCGACAGACGGGAAGAAUCAGGCGCCAACAGACAUGUCACUGUCACCAAGUAGAAAGCUGAGCAUCAGUGUCGUCAACAUGUUGUUUGUGUUUGUGGUCGUGCUGUACGACAAGAGGGCUGUCUGCUUCCAGGUUUCAGAUCCGUGGAGCACUACCAGGCUUGUGCCGGACGACCCGGAAUUUGGGCUUCCGAUAGGGAACCUGACGACACCCGUUGGAAGGGAAGCAGUGUUAUCGUGUACAGUGGAUCACCUCGGAAAAUACAAGGUGGGAUGGCUGAAGGCGGAGGACCAGACGAUCUUGACGCUUCACAACAAAGUCGUGACGCACAAUUCACGGAUCAGCGUGACGCACGACAAUCACCGCACGUGGCAGCUCCACAUCCGUCAGGUGAAGGAGUCUGACCGGGGUUGCUACAUGUGUCAGAUCAACACCAACGUCAUGAAGAAGCAGGUCGGCUGCGUAGACGUCCACG